AUGUCGGCAGCUCCGUACGUUAAGCAUAACAAUGGAACGCAAAUCCAGUCAAUUGGUCUGGGCACUUAUACGUCACUUGGCGGCGACUGCGAGCGGGCCACACUGCAUGCAAUUGAUGUGGGUUACCGGCACAUAGAUACCGCCUACUUCUAUGAGAAUGAGAACGAGGUGGGCCGGGCGGUGCAGCGUAAAAUUGAGGAGGGUGUCAUCAAGCGCGAGGACAUUUUUAUUACCACCAAGCUCUGGUGUCACUUUCACGAGCCUGAAAGGGUGGAGUAUGCCUGCCGCAAAACUUUGCAGAACUUUGGCCUGGACUAUGUGGAUCUCUAUCUAAUGCAUUGGCCAUAUUCCUAUGUACACCGUGGGGAUGACGACAUGAUGCCUACAAAUGCCCAGGGCGAAGUGGAGCUUAACGAUGUGGACUAUCUGGAUACUUGGCGUGCUAUGGAAAAGCUGGUAGAGCUAGGCCUCACCAAGAACAUUGGCGUUUCCAAUUUCAAUUCUGAGCAAUUAACACGCCUACUUGCCAACUGCAAAAUCAAGCCUAUACAUAAUCAGAUCGAAUGUCAUCCGGCGCUUAAUCAGAAGAAGCUCAUUGCACUGUGUAAGCAGCACAAUAUUGUAGUGACCGCCUACUGCCCGCUGGGCAGGCCAGAUCCGGCCAAGAAGCAGCCAAGUUUCAUCUACGAUGCCAAAGUACAGGCUAUAGCCGAUAAGUACAAGAAAUCUACGGCUCAAGUUGUGCUGCGUUAUCUGAUUGAAAUUGGCACCAUUCCAUUGCCCAAGUCCUCAAAUCCCAAGCGUAUAGAAGAGAAUUUCAAAAUAUUUGAUUUUAAAUUGGAUGCCUCGGACCACGCUUUGCUGGACACUUAUAAUAGUGGCGAGCGUCUUAUAAAAAUGGAACAUGCCAUUAAAAGCAAAAAUUAUCCAUUCCAUAUUGAGUUUUAAAACUAAACACAUUAUAUUUUUACCAGUACACGAUAUUCACAUUAUUUUAUGCUUAAAUAAACAGUUAUUUGAAGGAAUGCAUAUGCCAUAUUCCAAUAA